UGUGUUCUGACUCUGGCUGUGGUGACAAUUAAAGCUAAUAAAUUCAACUGCGUGUAAGCUUCAAUUAAUAUCAAGUGUAUAUUAAUGAUCUGUCCUCACUGCGUGUUCUUCCCCUUUUCUCCACCCAAGCGACAUCGAUGGUUGAUGCGUGUACGCACGAGAAGCGCAAUCGAACAGACGCGCACGCUGUUGAUCUUCGCGUCGUGUCCGUUUGUGACGAAAAAGCGAUUCCAUCGCUGGUUAUUAUUAUGAAACCGAGUAGUCGCACAUCAAUUGAGAGAGAGAUAGAGAGAGGGGGAGCAGUGCAGCAUCCCUUGCUCGGAUAAUGUGGUGUCAGGGUAAAUGAAUUUUAAUUUAUACAUACAUAUACACAUGCGUGGAAAUGCUAUUGCGGGACGAACGCAAAAUUCAUUUACGCGUAUGUUGUAGCAGGAGUUUUCCCAUGUUUUCCCAUCACCCGCACCAACCCCACGAGCACGUGUUUGUGUGUGUGCCUGUGUCUGCUGGAAUAAACGUUAAAGUCGUCACCCGCGUACUCGAGAGGAAAGCGAAAAAGGAACGGAGGGAUGAUGGCCCGGCUGCGGUUACGCACCAGCUGACACAAGGGGAUCGACGUUUCUAAUUUUGUGAAGAGGCAAUUUCGGUGGACAUGAAUAAUUAAAAACAUGUGUUUGAUCUGACGAUGACGAUGAUGAUGACGAUGCACCGUGCGCGUGGAGUAGAGUCGGUGUGUACGGAAGUCGGAGUCUGUGCGCUUCGAGCACUGGGAGUGAUGGUUAUUUAUGGGUUUUUAGGGGACGGGGGUUUGCCGUAUUCCGAAUGGGGGGAAGUGAGGGAAAGCCGGGAAAAUGCAUGAAACGUGCGCGGCUCAACAUUAAACGCAAAUAUCGCGUACAAUUUUGUGCCACAGCGACAAAACGCUUUGAUCGCUUCGACUUUUACUGCCAAGCAGAGUGAGUGCCGCAGAGGACUCAAUUGAUGGUUUAGUGGCCAGUUUCGGGCAAUAAAUCUAUUAGCAGCAGUUGCCAGCCAAUAUGUAGUUGAAUUUGGUUCAAGGGGUUGUUUUUGGUUUAUAUGUUGCAAUAAAUAGGAACAAAAUUUGGGGUCAGUUCUAAGCGACACUUUGAAGAGGAAGUUGAACAGGAAAAUGGAAGACAAUAUUUUUCUUUCUUGAACUGUAUUUUCCAAUUUGAAGCUGGGAAAACGAAGCCACGAAUGUCUGUCUGCAAUGUGGAAUAAUAUUUACUACAACUGUUCAUUGCAAACACAUGGUUCAUGCUGAAAAGUCUUUGGCGGUGUUCCAAUGUGAGGAUCUUUGCUGCUUCAAUGUGUCUUUAGAAAAUGUGUACGUUUCGAUGCUGGCAAAUCAUACUCGUCUUCAAUUUCCAAGAGUUAUAUUGCCUAAACUUUCAUUUGUCGACUAAAUAAAUUUUGAAUAAAACAGCUCCAGAGCAUAACUAAUGGCUUAUUGUUCUCAAAAUACCACAUCGAGAGCCACGUAUGAGCUAAUUCACUGUUGGCUUUCGCUUCGGAUUUUACUUCCAUGUGACUCAUCAUUUGAAGAAAAUUAGGCAAAAUUUCAAAUGUUAGCGUUACGUAAUGCAUGGAUGCUUCCUAAACCGUUGAAACGUGUUAGAUCACUUUCAUCGGCGGUGAAAUAUUUCACUCCCGUUUCAACUACACACACACACCAUCACAGCGUGCAGUUUGACAGAUCAACAAAUACCGCCACCAAAACAUCAACAAUACCUCGCUCGGCGUGCUGCGUGCGUUUGGUGGCCGGAAUGUGACCGCAGCAAACGGUGAAAUGGCUAGCUGUUGAUAUUUAAUUGGUGUUUCGUUGUAAAACAGAGCUGUUAUAGAUGUAUAUUGUUAGUUUGUUAAAGUCGCCCACUUUUGUUUACGUGCGUUCGUGUGGCGGCUACGAUGGCGAAACGGUCCGGGCACUUCCAGCUGAAGCAACCGCUCGCCUCGAAGAAACCGAAGCUCAACAUCGAAAUCGUCCCGAGCCAGCAGUACAACCCACAGCCGAGUACUUCCAAGGCGGGCAGCUCCUCAGGUGCGGGCAAAAGUGCCGCCACAGCCGCCACCACCACCACAGCGGAAAACCUGUGGGACGAUGACGACGACGACAUUAUCGUGCUCGCGACCCAGGCCAUCGAGGCGGACCUUACGUUCGGCAAGUUUAGCCGCAGCGUCAAGACGAGCACGCAGCAAACGACGGAGGUGAUCGCGGCCGGGGGGCAGCACACCGGGGCAGGGAAGCUUCCGGGCAAGGUACCGGACAAGCUGGUGGCGGAACUGUUUGCCGACGGGGAGGAUGAUUUGUUUUCGGAAAAGCUCGAUGACAACUAUCGCAACAUCGACAACGCGAUCAACGACUACUUCAACAACAACGACGAUGACUUCAAUCUGGACGAGUUCCGGCAGGAAGAGCAAGCACCGUCGGUUGGUGGGAGGCGUGAACCCGCACCGAAAGCAUCGUGGGAGGAAGCACCUUCGGUUAGUGCGAAGCAUUCAGGUGAACCGCAGGCACCGAAAACUUCCUGCGAGGAACCACCGUCGGUCGGUGGGAAGCGUGAACCCGCACCGAAAGCCUCAUGGGAAGAAGAGUUUAAGGUACCACCGGCGCCACUGCCACCGGUGGGAGCGAAAGCGAGUGAACCGAGCAAGGCUUACAACAAGGAUGAACCGACCUCUACCUCGCGGUUGGGCAUUUUUAGGCCAAAAACCUCCACCGCAACAUCGUUUAAAGCUACCCCAUCACACACCCCCAAACCGGAAGCGGAAGAGAAGCCGGAACUAGCCUCAAGCCAAAAGCAGGAACAUGCCAAGGACAUUCAGGUGAAGUUUCUCACCAAGCACGUAGAGCAGCUGGCAAAGAAGGUGGACAGCUUGCAGAAGGACUACACCGAAGCGGUGGAAAAGGCCCAGGUCAAGGACGGCGAAGUGUCGAUGCUGCGGUACGAGCUGAAAAUGGUGAAAACCGCCAACGAGCAGCUGCGGCUGGAGAAGAUGCGCGAAAAGGAAACGAUCCAGAAGGAGUGGCUCGAGAAGAUGAAGAAUCUGGAGAAAACCAUCUCAGCGCAGAAGGUGGAGAAUGAGUUCAAAGAGAUGGAAAUAAUGAAUCUAAAAACGAAGCGAUUAAACGCCACGUUUCGAUCGGCGGAACCAGCGGAACCGCAGCCACCAGAGCCACCGCCGGCUCGUGCUACAGCGGAACCCGCACCCUCAACCUCAGCUCAACCGAAAGCGACCGAAGCCACGGAGGAUGAGUUCGAUCUCGCGUCGCUGCUACCGAAACUGUUCCUUGGCGAACCGGCCGAACUGUGCGAGCCGCUGGACGUUGAUCCGCAAGCGUUCGUGAAUGCAACCGACAGCUCGGUACGGAGUCGACAGCUCCGCAAGUACUCGCGGGUGACGCGCAACGAGUUUACGAUCGCCGAUCAGCUCGUAUCGCUGCAGACCUUUCUGUCCCAGAUGCUAAUCGCCGCAAAGGCUUCCGGUGAUGAAACGACGGAGCGGAUUGUCCUGUCCCCCGGCAUGUACCCGCUGGUAGCGAUCGCCACGGAAAAGGGGCUGGAAGAGAUCGAUCUGUACUGUCAGCGGUUGGGACAGCACAAGGAGACAGAUUUUCGUCUUAAUGGGCCGAAAAGUACGAUGGAGCAAUCGGCCCCAGUGAACGUGUUCCAGCAGGAGCAGCUAUACAAUGGCGAGCAGGCCGUCGUGAUACGGCGCUUCCUGGCGGUGGUCGGACUGUACUGUCGAAUCUCGGACGAUCUGGUAGUGAAGCGAUUGCUGGAGAAGGAGCUCGUGCUGCGACUCGCGAAGAAUAUGAAACGGAUCAGUACCGCUAUCAUCCUGACGUCACUGCAUGGACUGGUAACGGGUGCGGCUGCACUGCUCAACGGAAUAAGCUUCCGCCCGCGAAGGUUCCUCCUGUACGGUGCGAGCGGUUCCCAGCUGAUGGAACUAUUCCGUUCGAUCGUGCUGUGCCAACCCGAUGCACCAUCCUCGAUGCUGCAGCUGUCCGACUUUCUACGCCGCCUGUCCCACAUCACGGAUGGCAGUGUGAACCAUCUGCUCAAUCGUCUCUGCAUCAGCCAUCAUCCGGUCGAAACGGGUCAGCAGCAGCAGCAGCAGCAGCAGCAAGGGGAACAGCAACCCACAACAUCCCGCCGACAGUAUCGGUUAAAAACGAUCAGCUUUUCACUGGGAACCUGCACGCUGCAGAUGUACGCGGCACUGUUGGAGAACUCCGUCCGGCCACACGACCGGUACGAGGCGUGGCAGAUGAAACCGUUGCUGACGAACACGGAAAAUACGAUCCACUUCCUGCGGAACGUGCUGCUGCAUCCGGUUGGGUGGGUGAAAUCGUUCUACGACCGGGAAGAUCCGAACGAGUGUGAGCUUUGCCACAUCCGGAUGGUGUCGGCGUUCGUUACGCUGCUGUUCCGGGUGCUGCUGUGCUGGAACCAGCAAACGGUUAAGGACGAAGAAGAUGUAUCGCACAUUCAUUGUAUCGCCCGGCACGGUGUACUGCUGCUGUACGAUCUGUUCCAGACGGCGUACCACAAGAAGCUGUUACGAAUCGCAGGGCCCACCGUUCGGUACCGUCUACGGGUAACGUACAACUGGCUGCAGCUGUACCAGAAGGAGUUCAAUUUCGAUGACGUUCACAUAAGAACCCUCGGCAUGUUGGACAUGCGCCUCCUAAUGCCUGAUCCGCUGCGCGCCUAUCUGGAAGCGGAAAUCGACGAUCCAGAAGCUGAAAAGAAAGCGGCCGACAGUGAGGAUGCGCGUAGAGCGGAAAGUAACGCAAUCAUGGAGGAGCUGUUUGCCGGCUUCUUCAAUACUUACGCUAACAAUAGUGCCACACUGUUAUAAUAUAUCUAAUUGUAUGCUUUGCACCCUGCCCGCCUGCGGAACAACACACAGUA